CGCAGCAUCCCGCAUCACACUGAAGGAUGCUGGCAACCAUGUCUGAAAACACACACACACAUAUGGCUGACGAGGUGGAAACAGCGAUGUAGCUUUCAAGAUGCCGUCCCUUUUCGUCCUUCGUUUUUUCUUCUUUAUAUUUUUGUGCGGUUUUGAAGGGACAGCUGGCAAAUCGAUCCAUGAAAGGGAAGCUCUGGAGGUGCAGGUGAGGGUCCAGGUGUUUGACAGCGGUGAUCUUUCCCCCCUGCCCAAUGCUGCUAUUGCCGUUCAUAGUAACCAGACUCUGCUGGCACAAAGCAAAGCAGGCAGUGAUGGUGUGCAGGUCGUCAGCUUCCUGUACCGCACGGGAACAUGGGUAAUCAUUACGGCAUCUCAGAGAGAUUACCUCACCAGCUCUGUGCCAUGGCAUGCCAGCCGUUUACCCUUAUAUGCCUCUGUCAGUCUUUACCUGAUGGCCCAGAAGCCUGGCACACUGAUACUAUAUGAUGAUGUCAUCCAGGUGUUUCAUGGCUCCCCGAGUGGGCGGAGCCAGCCAUGGCUGCAGGUUCCAAGGCGGAGCCUACAGUUUAACUCCUCCUACACAGAACUGACUGCAGUUUUAACAACAGCCAGAGACCAGAAUGAAAUUAACUCAUUCCCUUACCCUCUCGCUCUGGAACCAAACAACACAGGAGGAGAGAAUGGCUGGACAGAUCUAACAACAAUAGCAGCGGUCAGCGCACAGCUGUUUGACCGUGAGGGUCGAGCGGUUGAGGUCAGCGAGCCAGUUCACAUCUCUGUGCCACUGCCUUCUGAUACUCGCAUACGAUCUGCCACCAGCAUACCUGUAUGGAUGUACGACACCAAGACAGGAUUAUGGGUACGAAAUGGAACAGGAUUUAUCACUCGAGAAGGAUCACAGCUCACGUGGGACUUUACUGCCUCCCAGCUUGGCUACUGGAUUGCAGCUUUCCGUUUUUCACCAGGCUCAAGUUUGUCUCACCCAGGCCUGAGGGACAUCACUGCCUACCAUACCUUCUUCCUCCUGUCCAUCUUGGGAUCUCUUGCUUUGCUUGUACUAGUCUUGCUUUGUGUCCUACUUUAUUAUUGCAGACGAAGAUGUCUGAAACCCAGACGGCAGCAGAAACAGGUUCAAGCUCCAUCAGCUCUGAACGGAUCCAAGCGGGACCAAGGCACCUCCAUGUCCCAUUUGAACCUCAUCUGUGGUGGCCAUGUUGAAUCUGCCUCCUCCAAUGGCAACUUGGACGCCAACAAAUCCGAAGGAUCCCCUUCCCAUGCCUUCAAGGGGGCUCGGGAUGAGUUUACCAGGCACAUUCCUGCCCAUAAGCUUCGGCAUUCCUCUAAGACCAAGCAGUCUAAAGGAGCCCAAAAGAAUGCAGAGAGUUUCCCCAUGAAGGUACAUCGUUCCACAGAUACAAGCAAUCUGGAUAGCAAUCUUAUACAUGAUGACUAUGGACGCAACUAUAGCCCUGAUGACAAGGAUAAAGAGUAUCGCCGGAGGCACGUUGUCAAUGAUAACCGGGGCUACACAUCUGACCCACCUUCUCCACCAAUUGUCGACAAGCCACCAGAGUAUUCGCAGGUUCUGCAAGGGCCGGAUCACCUUGCUCGCCCAACAUCACUCAACACACAACCAGGUCAAAUUAUAUUCUGCAGCUCACUGGAUCAGAUGAAGGAGAACAUGUACCGUUCUAUGGUACCAACUCUUGUGAUCCCGGCCCACUACAUGAGGUUUUCGUCCGAGUUUGGUGCCACAGAUCAGGGUAAAGAUGGGACAAAUCAAGCAGACCGUGAUGGACAGAGUUCGCAAGGUGCCAACAGUGGGAUUCAAGGCCAAAACCACCAAAACCAAACCCCUGGUUCAGGCCAUGCAGAAGCCCAGCAAGGUGAUUCUCCAGCAGGCUCUGAUGAGAGUGUUUGGGCCCCCGGUGGAACACCAGCACCAGUUCACAUACCUGUUUUAUUUAAUGACUCCACCAUCUCCCAAAUGAACGGGGAGCUGCAAGCGCUCACUGAGAAGAAGCUUCUGGAACUGGGGGUGAAGCAACACCCUCGUGCUUGGUUCAUAUCACUCGAUGGACGUGCCAACGCUCAUGUGCGCCACUCAUACAUAGAUGUAGGUGCUGAUCUCAGCCACGGUGGAACACAUAGUGGCAACCACAGCGCCCAAAGCACGUUGAGUGCCCCUGCAGGGAGUAGUAAGGACCGUAACAUAGACACAAGUUUCCAAUCCACCCAACAUGAGCGCAAGUCCACAUCCAGUCGCAAGAACAAAGAGGAACAUUAUGGAAGUGGGCGUAAGGGCUAUGGAGGAAGCAGUUCCAACAGUACAAGAGGCGGGAAACACUACUCCAAACCAACCUACCAUGACCCUCUGGACCUAAGUGGAGGAGCGAGCCGCAUGGGAGCCAGUUCACCACUGGAAAACCCAUUGACCCCUCUUUUGGAUGACGGUCCUGAGGAUCCAAGGGGGUCUUCAAUGCCGAAAAGGGGUCGAAGCCGGGGGAACAGCUCACGUAGUAGCAACAGCGAAACACAGCGUGACUCUGUCACCAGUCCGGAAGAUGACAACGACCUGGAUGAUAAGGAUGAGAACAAGAAGAGUCCUUGGCAGCGCAUUGAAGAGCGCCCCCUAAUGGUUUUUCAUCCCAAGAAGUAGAGUGAGAAAUCAAUCCCAGUAGCUGCCUUUGAAUAAUUGGACUAACUAGAGAUGUGUUCAAAUUGAUAAUGACUACUGACCCAGUGAUAUUUUUACAGACCGACUAUUUGUGUCGUUGUAAUUUGAUAGACGUUACCAAAAUGAUUGUUGCGCCAUUGGAUUUUUGUUAUUUUCUUUUGUCUUUCUAUGACAACAUACUUUCACUGAUCAAUUUGAAUGCACCUCAGGGGUCAAAGAACACAAAUUUGGUGGCAUCAUACCAUCUUAGUGUUUUCCACACCAAGAAUCACAUUAAAUUCAAGACUAGUCAUAGUGAAAUUGACGUGACAUAGAGCCAAGUAUGAUGACCCAUACUCAGAAUUCGUUCUCUGCAUUUAACCCAUCCAAAGUGCACACACAGAGCAGUGAACACACACACAAACCAUGAACACACACCCGGAGCAGUGGUGCAGUCAUUUAUGCUGUGGCACCUGGGGAGCAGUUGGGGGUUCGGUGUCUUGCUCAAGGGCACCUAAGUCGUGGUAUUGCCAGCCCAAGUCUCAAACCCACAACCCUAGGAUUAGGAAUCAAACUCUCUUACCACUAGGCCACGACUUCCCUAAGAAGAGAAGAAUGCCAUUGCAGUUGGAAGAACACAAGAUACCAAACAACUGGGCAAGUGCAUUAAAAUAAAGCACAACACAACAUGCUGGUCUACAACAGGAAUACAUUAUCUU